AUGAUGUGGCCAUUACACAACAUUUUUAUGGUUAUGUGGGUAAUGAUGAUUCUGCAGCUGAUGAAUUGCGAGCUUAAAGCAGCCGAAUUGGAUAAUGAAUUUGCCGAAUUUGAAGAGGUAGAAGAAGAAGCACAAAAGAUAGUUUUAAGGCCAGUCGAAGAAACUAAUGAGUCCUAUGAAGACAAAACGAUAGCUACUGAGGAUCUUGAUGACGAUGAGUUUAUUGAAGAGGAGGAUGAGUUUGCAAGAAAUGUCAAGAAAACUCGUCCUGAAAGGACCGAAUCCAAUGCACCACCUCCACUCAGAUUUGCUGAUGUGCCUGCUCAUUUUCGGUCAAAUUGGGCAUCAUAUCAAGCAGAAGCUUUAGUGCUAUCAAUUCUAAUAAUAUACAUGAUUAAUUAUGUCAUUGGUCGCUCCAAAAAUCAAAGUAUCGCAAACAAAUGGUUCAUGGCUGCAACACCGUUCUUAGAAGAGCAGUUUACUCUCGUCGGAGAUGAUGGUACAUCUGAAGAACUGAGGGAGGGCCAUAUGCACAAGGAUACUGAUUCGACUUACACAAUAUGGUGCACAGGCCGAGUCGGCUGUCAAGGAAUGUUAAUUACUCUCAAAUUGCUCAAAAGACAGGAUUUAAUUCAUGUCAUUUUGAAUUUCAUACGUCCAAAACAAGACAAGGUUAUUAUACGUAUCGACGUAGAUCAUAGUGAAAUGGAUUCAUUCGUGUUUGCUAUUGGUCACCGGAAAUCAGUAACUAAAGCAGUUAAAGAAAUGAUGGACCUCAGUAUGUUUACGGUAGAACGAAAGGGUCUCGACAAAGUAGGGCUUUCUUCUUCAAUUGUAGUUUACGCAGAAAUAUUCGAAGCAGUUAACGCAAUUAUUGAUCCAACAAUUUUGUCUGUAUUUCGCAAGUAUGAAAGUGCGAUUGAUUACUUUCAUUUUUCAGAUCAGUACUCUGGUUAUAAACCAUCCGACGGUGAAGCAUUCACUCGAUUGCCUGAAACAUAUCGAGUGCUCUUUUUCGCUCUCAAGAUGGGUGAUGAUAUAACGGAGCUUGAAGCGUUAAUGAAAACAGUUUUUCACUGUUUCGAGAAAAUAAGACGUUACCGUCUUUCAAGAGAAGGAAAACUAAAAGCAGAUAAGAAGCGACAAAGUGUGCAGGAAGCUUACAUGAAAACAACACAUCAAGCGAGGCAAGAGGCAGCUCAAGCUCGUAGAGAAGAGAAGACGCGAGAGCGGAAACAACGAAUGUUAGAGGAAGAAGAUCCAGAAAAACAGAGAAGACUGGAAAGAUUAGAACAAAAACGUGAUAUGAAACUCAGGCAACCAAAAAUGAAGCAGUUAAAAGUGAAAUAA